AUGCCGCGAAAAUCAGAUGCCCAUUCUGAGAAGGAUGCUCCGGCGAACAAUAAUAAUAAUAACAACAAUGGUUCUGCUGCCAGCGGGAAAGAUAAAGAGAAGGAGAAGGAUAAUGGUAUUUCUAUCGACGCAAGUUCCCCCUCCUCCUUCCCCACCAACACCUGGUUAUCACUGCGUAGGAGUUGGAAGACGGGCAAUUGACGAGAGGGGUACUACAGGACCACACGCUUCCCAAAUCAAUUGUAACCCGCCUGGCAAAGGGAGUCCUCCCACAAAACACUAACGUCCAGAAAGAUGCGAUCCUGGCGUUAUCAAAGGGUGGAACGGUGUUCAUUAACUACCUCUGUGCAGCGUAUGAUCCUCCUCCUCCCCCUCACCCCCAUUCCACAUUCUCUGACAGGAACCUAACGGAAUCAUGAAAGUGCAAACGACCAAGCAAAACAACGCGGCCGAAAAACCAUCAAUCCCAAGGACGUCCUCGAAGCAAUGGAGCAACUGGAAUUCGGCGAGUUCGUGCCGAGACUAGAGGCAGAGUUAGCCAGUCAGUCCAGACCAACCCCCCCUCCCCACCCUCGCUACUCGGCUAAUGCAAUUGAUAAAACAGAAUUCAACCAACUAGCCGAAGAAAAGCGCGCGAGCACAAAAAAGUCUAAAGACAAAGACAGGCCCGUCGCUACCACUGAAGCCAAAGACCAUGAGGAGGCCCGGGACUCACCGCCUGCCGCUAAAAAGAUGCGUGUUGGGAAUGUAAAGGGUGGGGCUGCCCCGCCACCGGUGGAGGUACAUGCUACGGCGGACGAGGAUAUGGAGGAGGAGGAACAGGGGGAGGAGGGGGAGGAGGAAGGCGAUGAGGAGGAAGAAGAAGAAGAAGAAGAGGAGGAGGAGGAGGAGGAAGAAGAAGAAGAAGCAGAGGAUGGAGAUGCUACAGAGACCGAGGGUGAAGAUGAUGGGGAUGAGAUAGAGGGUGGAAGUGCGGUGGUAGCGGACGAAGAGGAGGAAGAAGAUGAUGAGGCACUUGAUAAUGGGGAUAGCGAUAGCGAUUGA